CGGUAAUGCAACAUGUAUUGGCUGCCAACCGCCGUUAAACAUAAUCGAAGAAGAAUAUUAUAGAAGUGGAGGCAUGCUUGAAGGUUAGCGACAUAUUGAACGAAAUACAAUAACAUCUACUAGUGACACACAAACUGAGUAGCAAGUUAUGCAAUUAUCGUGUAGAACAUGGUAAUAUAAUCUACAUUUGGAUAUAACAAAGCUACUACACAAGUCGCGGUGAUUCCAGCGAGUUAUGGCCAGCCUGUCCAACUACGCCGUACGUAUGGCACGUCUCAGUGCACGUAUCUUUGGGGAUGUGGCGCGUCCUACGGACAACAAGUCCAUGAAGGUGGUCCAGCUGUUCAAGGAGCCGCCCAUGGCCCAGAAAAAGGAGGUGUACGACUGGUACCCUCAACACAAGAUCUACUAUGCCCUUACGCAGAAGCUACGAUACAUGGGACUCUUCAGAGAUGAACACGAGGACUUCAAGGAGGAGAUGCGUCGGCUGAGGAAACUGAGAGGCAAAGGGAAACCCAAGAAGGGUGAGGGAAAGAGAGCCACCAAGAAGAAAUGAGCACUUCCUGUCCUAUAGGACCUGUGGAUAAACCCAGUCUGUGGAUAAACCCAGCCUUGCCCUCUCAUAUAGGACCUGUGGAUAAACCCAGCCUUGCCCUGUCAUAUAGGACCUGUGGAUAAACCCAGCCCUGCCCUGUCAUAUAGGACCUGUGGAUAAACCCAGCCCUUCCCUGUCAUAUAGGACCUGUGGAUAAACCCAGCCUUGCCCUCUCAUAUAGAACCUGUGGAUAAACCCAGCCUUGCCCUCUCAUAUAGGACCUGUGGAUAAACCCAGCCUUGCCCUCUCAUAUAGAACCUGUGGAUAAACCCAGCCUUGCCCUCUCAUAUAGGACCUGUGGAUAAACCCAGCCCUACCCUCUCAUAUAGGACCUGUGGGGGAAUCACAACAGUCCUCGUUUGCUUCGGGACACCAGAGGAAUGGCCUCCCUAACUGUGUUCACAACGGUAACAUGUGACCCCACUCAGGAUAUUCAUAAUGAAUGGAUCCUUGGAACAGCUGAUGAUGUGUGUUGAGAGAAUCCUUUCAUGACCCCCAUCACAGAAGAUCCUGUCUGACAAGUGACCAGUCUUUGACCACUGUGUGUUUGGUACAUAAAGCAUUUCUGUUCAUUGCUUUACAAGAUGUUUCACUUGUGUCCACGUUGUUAUCAGCUUUCUGUUCUCAUAGUCUCUGUACAGUGAAAGGGUGAAGGAGAUCUGGAGGGCAUCGGUACAUAGAACUGUGAUGCUGGUAUGUUCCUAUUGACUUGAGACAAAGCUGGUGUUUCACAUCUGUUCUGAGUAACACCGGGUGUCAUGAAUAAAAUACUGAAAACAAAUCUGCUGAAA